AUGGCUCUCCUUCUCUGGAUCCUGACGAGCCUCGUGCGCUGGGUGCGCCUGAAGAUCUACCAGUAUGAGGUGACCUUCGCCAUCUACAUGCUCACGCCGACCGAAAAGUUCAUUUUCAAUUCCCUCAUCCUCACCCUCCUCACCAUGAUUGCCACUGGCAUCUAUAUCUACCUUCCAGACCACAUUCGCUCCAUCUACGGCCACCUGUACUACUACUGGGUCGGCGAGCGCCCCUUCAUCUCCACUCGUCUGACUUCCUCAAUGGGCUCAGUUUUCGGUGACGCGGCCACCCAGAGUCUCGAGGUUGUCUACGAGACGGCAAAGAAUGCGGCCGCCAUGACAACGCAGCAUCUUGCUGAACUGUGA